AUGGUCAUGCAGAAACUGAGACCAUGGGCGCCCCCUCUGACGGAGACGCUAGACUCCAGGUUCCUAGAGCGGGUGAUGGGGACCCUUUUCCCGGUUGGGAGGGGCAACCCCAUCACCCCGUAUACCCUACCAUGUCCCGAACAACAGGGGGAGAUUCCGGGAGUCACGGAGGAGGAGGUGGCCGGGGCCAUCAAAAAGGUCAAGAGCAAAAAGGCUCCAGGACCUGAUGGUAUCCCCGGCCGAAUCCUCACCCUGGCCUCAGGGUUUUUGGGAGAAAGAUUAGCGCUCCUAUUCACAAGGGCGCUAAGAGAAAGGAGGUUCCCCCCAGUCUGGGGGAGGGCCAACGUGGUCCUCCUCCGAAAAGAGAGCAAGCCGGAGGACUCCCCCUCCGCGUACCGGCCUAUAUGCCUCCUUGAUGAGGCGGGCAAGCUCUUUGAGCGUGUCAUUGCUGCCCGCCUCCGGAGGCAUAUGUCCCAGGAAGGUCCUGAUCUCGAUGGUGGCCAAUAUGGCUUCCGAGAGGGGAGAUCAACAGUAGAUGCGAUAAGGCAUCUCAAAUCCCUCUCGGGGGCUAUCGUGGCGGAGGGCAGGGUGGCUGUUGCGGUGUCUUUAGACCGCAUGCCCUGGGGUAGAUUGGUUGAGGCGAUGAGGAACCAUUUCCGAUUCCCACCCUACCUCACGGCCACCAUCGAGGAUUACUUCCGGGGUCGGCGUCUUACGCUGACAGACGCCGACGGCGCGCCUUCCCCCCUCGGCUGUAGUGUGUUGUGCUACGCGGACGAUACUCUCGUCCUAGCCGGGGGGAAUGACUGGGGGGACGCCAUACAUGUGGCGAACCAAGCGGUGGCAGGCGUUGUGCGUGCCAUCCGCAACCUGGGCCUGGUGGUGGCUGAGAAGAAAACCGAGGCAAUAUUCUUCCAUGCCAGGAAAGGAAAGCCACCACGGGCCCACGUGCGGGUGGGUGCGGUCAGGGUCCCAUUGGAGGCCCAGAUGAAUUAUCUGGGCCUCAAACUGGACGGCACCUGGUGCUUCAGGGAACAUAUAAACAGGCUGGUCCCCGGGGAUGAUAUCUGCCGGGCUUGGCAGACUUAUGCCCAAUGUCGGGGGACCGGACAGGAAGGCUCGUCGCUUCCACGCGGGAUUCCUCAACUCUGUGGCGCUGUAUGGAGCGCCAGUAUGGGCGGAAGCGUUGGCCGCCAGUCGCCCGAUGCAAGCGCAAAUGCGCAGAGUGCAGAGGGUGCUGGCUGUCAGGGUAGCCAGACCGAACGGAAGCGGGAGCUCCUGCGUACAGGGGGGGUGGAUGUAUCGCUCGCCGGGGCCAUAAGAGCCAUGAAGCAUCAGACUCGACAGGUCCUCCUCCAGAGAUGGCAAAGAUUCCUGGCCAAUGCCAGGUACGGGAGGAGGACCAUCGAGGCCGUCUGGCCCUUCCUGCACGAGUGGGUAGGAAGGGCCCAUGGGACCCUGACAUUCAGGAUGGCACAGGAUUGCCCCACCUGGAGCAUUGAGCGCAGAGUCAUGGUCAACGAUAUAGGGAAUGAUCUUCCACUCUUCAGCAUUAUUGGGGCAGUGCUGGAGAGUGAGAAGAAAUGGGAGGCGUUCUCCUCCUUCUGUGAAACGGUGAUAUCGCAGAAGGAGGAGGCAGAAGAAGGACGCAAGAAGGCAGAAGACUUCAAGAAGAACAGUGCCAGAGGAGAAGAUAAAGUUGUAAAAGCUGAAAGAAAAAAGAAAAUUCAACAGAAGUUAAAAUCGAAAUUAUCAUUAACUAUAGACAUUGUAAAACAAAGAGCAGAAGCUGAAACCGUAGCUGAUAUUAUUGGAGUAAAUAAAGAUUUAAUAAACCGACUAGUCAAUAUUUUUUUGCCGAUUGGUUACUUCUCGGAAGAAGCGCAAAAAGCAAGCAAUAAGAUUUUUAAAAAUCUCAUGCCCAACACAACAGAAUGUAAUCGUGAUAAACUAUUAAUGAAGAUAUUAUGCAGUAUCUCCUAA